UAAAAAAUAUAUUCGACGGACGGCAGCGGAUCGGCGUUGUAGUUUUGUAGUUUUUGAACUUUAAUUGCAAAAAUAUAAUUUAUUCCUCUAUAAUUGAUAUUCUAAUCCAAGUGUAAAAAGUUUCUUUCGUUGUUAUUGUAAGUAAUAUUUAUUAAACAUUGAUCCUAACCAUGCAAAAUAGUAGUUUCAUAAAUAUUUCAAUUCCGUGGGAGCCAUGUUGAUUCGGGAACUUGGUAGACAUUUUCUUAACCAAUCUAAUUUUCGUAAUUUUAGUGCUAGCCUAAAGUUGUGCAAAUAUCCAAUCAUGAAGAUUGGGACCCACGAUGGCGUCUUCCAUUGCGACGAAGUCCUCGCAUGUUACAUGCUCAAACGUUUACCUGAAUACAAAGAUGCGGAGAUCGUCCGAACUAGGGACAUGGACAAACUCAGGACAUGUGACAUAGUGGUGGACGUAGGAGCAGAGUUUGACCAUGAAAAGAAACGGUAUGACCACCAUCAGAGAGAGUUUACGGAGACCUUAAGCUCUUUGAGACCAGAGCUUGGCGAUAAAUAUAAAAUCAAAUUAAGUUCAGCCGGUCUGAUCUACGCGUUUUACGGCGAAAAUGUCCUUAAGCAACUUACACCAAAAGGUGACCCCCUAAAACCAGAGGACCUACGGUUAAUAUACAAGAAAGUAUACGAAAACUUAGUGGAAGAAAUGGACGCCAUAGACAAUGGGGUGCCAAUGACAGACGAAGAACCACGGUACAAAAUACGUACCCAUUUGAGCGCUAGAAUACAUAGAUUGAACCCGGAAUGGAAUUCCCAGUUGAAUUCCAACGUUGACAAGAUUUUUGAAACCGCUAUGGCUUUGGUUAGCGAGGAGUUUUUGUAUACUGUUAACUAUUUUAUAACAGUAUGGUUGCCUGCCAGAGAUUAUGUUAAGUCGGCGUUGGAAGAACGGUUAGAAGUGCAUGAAUCUGGACAAAUAUUAGAAUUUAAGGAAAGAUUCCCAUGGAAGGAGCAUCUGUUUGACCUGGAAGAGGAAUUAGGGAUCAGCGGUGAAAUCAAAUAUGUAAUAUUCAAGGAUAAACCUAAUUCGUGGAGAGUUCAGGCUGUUCCCGUUAAACCAACCAGCUUUGUUACAAGGAAACCCUUGAACAAGAAAUGGUGGGGCGUCCGCGACACAGAACUUAGCCAAGUGGCCGGUAUAGAAGAUUGUAUAUUCUGUCACAGCACCGGCUUCAUCGGCGGAAACACCACAAGUGGUGGUGCUUUAGCCAUGGCGAUAGACAGCUUAAACGCCGCCAUCUAAAACUUCACUAACGACGGAGCAAACAUACUGCGACAUUGGUACUGAUUACAAUUAAAUUUUAGUGUAUUCGCAUCUUUUUCUUACCAAUGUAAUUAGAAAAGGACAGACAAACCUAAUUUAAUUUAGGACUGUCAAACUUUGUGACUUUGGUUGCCAAUUGGCGAGCCUAUUGUUCAAAUUAAAAAAAAAAACCGUCCUUUACUAGCAAUAUUAAAAAGAAAAAGAUGCAGAUACUCUAGAUUGGAGAAACAGAAUCGACGACAUUGAUACCACAAGGCUGCAUGGUACAAUCAUUUGAAACUAUUAUACAUGAUCUCCGCAUGGCUUUAGGUUUUUUAUAAGCCCUGUGGGAUCUCUUUGAUUUUCCGUAAUAAAAGUAGCCUAUGUCACUCU